AUGAUGGCCACGGCGGCUAUUGAGGCUGAAUGUUUGUAUCGCUCGUUUUUGAGCCAUUGCUUUUACGACGUUGAGAAACUGGAGAUGGAGGCCACCGCGGAUGCAGGAAACGUCGCGUCUAUCCUGGAGUCCUUCUCGACGCGGUCUUUGCUCGAGAAGUGUGAAGUGGUUCGUGCACAACCACGAAGGACGCAGAAGGCUCUGCAGGUUGUUGUCUUGGACUGCCCCGAGUCAACUCCGGGUGUUGCCGUCCUCGUUCACGACGCAAACAAGAAAGAGGUAUACUGUAUGUUGCACCUAUACAGCUGCGAUGUGGACGGCGGAGGUGUCUCUUCCGUGGCAGACGCAGCACGUAGAUGGCGCACGAUGAUACGACUCCCGGGAUGUAAUACGAGUGUAAAAAUAAUAUUUGUUGAGGGGUUGCUGUUGUUUUGUCAACCAGAUACCCCCUCUGGCUGCGUGCUGGUGCUGGAUACAGGCCCGUUGACAUGCAUGGAUGAUGUGUUGACUGCCCAACCUGUCUUGACUGGCAUUUCUUUUUCGUCGUGUACAGGCUGCUAUGAUGCAUCUAUUCAGUGUGUUUUGUUAUCCUGUUUGGGCGCUCAUUCUCUGCUCUCAGUGACUGUUCCUGUGGAUCCGCGCAAGCGAAGGGACGGUGCGACGAUUCUGGAUCAGCUGUCUCUUGCUGUGCCGCGGGGCUCGCUCCAUUUUCAUGUUUGUUGUGAAGUUCUUGUCGUGUGCCCUUCGAGAAUAACGCAACACGGAUGGGUAGCGUUGGCUUCUUUAGGGAAACGCCUCCUGCUUAGGUUUGAGAUGCAGGCCAAAGUUUGUCUGCAGUAUUGCCUUGCUCUUGGCGGGGGCCAGUAUCUACUCUUGCUUGCAUUGGAGGACGGCACAGUGCAGCCCUUUCGGGUGUCGUCUUCUCCACCGUCCAUUAUGAAGACGGGUCCACCGACGCGCGUCUUUGAUGGGGACUUCUCACAAUGGGUAGCGGUGCGCUGUGCGCCGGCCGGAGACAAUCGAGUGGCUCUCAUUUCUAAGCGUCAGUGCGCUUUGCUGAGCGUUACCGAUGCUGUCACAGUCGGUGUCGUUACAGUACUCUCACGGUACGAUGCACCCGCCGUCUCCAAUAUGGAUGUACUGAGGUUGCAGUUUCCUGCGACGUUACAAGGCAACUUUCCCUAUGUUUUGCUUGUGAGUUCGGUGGGGCAGUCCUGUGUUCGAGUGUUUCCCUUUCAGCGCACAAUAAAUUUGACCGUAGAUGCAGAAAAGUUUUUUUGUGGGUCCGAUGCCGUCGUUUGCAAAGAUGCGUUGGAGGCUGCCGCGCAACAUUCGAGUGUUAAUGUUUCUCAGAAGCUGGGGUUGCUAGCGCACAUCAAGCACAUGCUACAAGGGAAAAGGAGGCAUAGCUCGAGUGGGUACUUUGAGCCUCGUGUUAAGGAGGAGCAUGUGAUUGCCACUCUGUGUCAGGGCUUCGGCACAAUGUUGGGUGAGAAGGAGUGUCCUCCAUACGAAGUAUUUGCGUUGGAUUCGCGAUUUCGGGGUUUUUUGAUGUGCACCUUUGCCUUUGGAUCCCAUGACUGCUACAUCCUGCGGGAUGCUGCGCUACACAAUGCGCUACGGCAGGUAGCGGCGUUAUUUGUGAGUGCAUGA